AUGGUUUUUUCAGACAAACUUACAUUUCCAGAUAUGCCCGUUGAAGAGACCCAGACGGGCUCCAAGGUGGCACUGUUCGGACUAGCUGGUGCUGUUAGACGGAGGCUAAUUUUAGGCUCUAGAAAUCCUUUCUUUUAUUCUACGGCUGCGGAUCCCACGAAGGACAAAUUUAUUGAAAUCGCAAAGGAGGAUAGGGCUAAUGCCAAGGAAUUCAUAAACGAAAUUCUUCCCAAGACUGCGUAUGAUGUCUCUAGAAAGAUCAUCUUUGGAUUUUUUCACCCUUUUUGCAAUGCUGGCGGUGGUGGAGAGAGAGUCCUAUGGCAAGGUGUUAAGACCACUUUAAAGGUUGAUGAUAAGAACAUUUGCUUGAUCUACACCGGAGAUUUAGUCACCGGCGAUGAAAUUUUAGACAACGUUGCAAGGAAUUUUGGUAUUUCUUUCACUGAUGUAGAACGUCCCAGAUUGGUGUUCAUCCAUCUUUACAAGAGAAAGUACGUUGAGGCGCAGUAUUGGCCUAGACUAACUCUAGUUGGACAGGCUUUCGGAUCCAUGUUACUCACAUUAGAGGCAUUACAAAAAGUUAUUCCAGACGUCUGGGUAGACACUAUGGGUUACCCAUUUUCGUAUCCUUUGGUCAGAGUUGGUGUUAAGAUUCCAAUUGUCACCUACACGCAUUAUCCUAUCAUUUCAACAGACAUGCUCAACAAGAUCAAGAUCAAUAGCAUUAAGACUCUAGCCAAGAAGAUCUACUGGUGGGGGUUUAUGUUAGCCUACAAAUUUGUAGGACAUUUUGUGGAUAUCGCAUUUGUCAAUUCUAGUUGGACUUCUAAUCAUAUGAAGAAAAUCUGGGCUUCUGUGUCCACAGUCAAGACACUAUAUCCUCCUAUUGGAAUUGACAAGAAAAUAACUCUAGACUCAGUCAGCCCUAGAGAGAAAAUAAUUUUAUAUAUCGCUCAAUUCAGGCCUGAAAAGAGACACGAGUUAUUGAUCAAUGAGUUUUCCAAAUUUUUCCAGCUAGAUAAAUCUUACAAACUAGUCAUGAUCGGUUCGAUACGUUCGAAAGACGACGAGGAUAGAGUUGAUUUUUUGAAAGACCUGGCUUAUAAGAAGAAAGGAAUUCCUGAGGAAAACUUGGUUAUUAUCAAGGAUGCUAGCUAUUCAGUCAUUCAAGACUACCUUUCAAAGGCAGAAAUUGGUGUCAAUGCCAUGUGGAAUGAACAUUUCGGAAUUGCAAUAGUGGAGUACAUGUUCAAUGGACUUCUUCCGUUGGCCCACGCUAGUUCUGGACCAUAUUUGGAUAUUUGUGUGCCUUGGAGCCUCGAUAAGGGUGAACAGCUAUCCGUCAACUCAUCUAAACCUACAAGCGAUGAUUCUAAUAGAACGGGGUAUCUCUUUAUAUCCGAAGAAGACCCCGAUUUUGAAGCCCGUACUGAACCUUUUCCUAGUUUACAUGAGGCGCUUCUGGAUAUCUCAAAGCUCAGCCAGGAGCAAAAAUUGGAGAUUUUGAAACGUGGAGCUUCAGUGGUUAAUAGCAAAUUCCAAGACAAUGUUUUCAAUGAAAAUUGGAAAAAAGCCAUCACUGAUGCUGCAAAACUAGAGCAGGUCUACCGGAUAUCUAAACGAGAUGGGGAAGUUGAGCAAUUAUUCUAA